GGCCAAUGCUACCAAUAAUGUAUUCAUUAUCAAUUUUAAAAAGAGAACAAAUUCCAUCAUCCAAUAUACACCGGAAAUCGUGAAUGAAACAUUGCUCGCGCGAAGCGCAGACGACUUUAGCCUGCAGGAUAGCGAAAACGGCAGUCCUGGUAAUCGGUUGAUACUUAAACUGAAAUACUAUGUCUCCGGUAUACCAGUUACAUUUGGGCUGGAGCUACAGGCAGCCAGUCGCCAAGAGCUUUCUGAAUCCAUACUAAUACCAACUUGGAGAACUUUACUUAUGCUGCACGAACAAAAUUGUGCCCUGAAGGAUUUGCUCAUAAAAAAGGAUAUAGAAAUUGAUCAGUACAAAAUGGAGGGUGCUGUUUUGAAAAGAAGCCUCGUUGCGACGCCAAGGUUCGAUGAGAGUAAGUUUUCGGAUGGCUUUCCGCUGGUGGUCCCCGAGGAAGAGGGUCUCAACGUUCGACAGCUGCUCCGUGUCAAAGACCGGCGAUCGUCGUUAAUGAAGGUGCUUCGGAUUCGUUCCAAAGAUCAACCGGAAUCGGUCAAUAGUCCGGUAAAGGGAAAAAUUCUGUCCCUAUCACUAACUCCGGCGAAGAAAAGUCCGGGAGGCAGGGUCAAAGGCUUGGACGCCAUUUACGCUAAACAGAGAAUGCCGAAACCAUCUUCGAUGUCAUCUAUGUCACUCAAAAGACUCCAAGCGGAAAGCGAUGAUGAUGAAGAUGAUAAACCAAAUUCUACGUCUGCACAUGAUGACAGUUCCACCAGUUUAGACAGUUCUGGGAGACCGAAAAUACGUAAAAUCACUCGACUGUGA